UGUAAUUCUCUCAGAGAUUUAGGAAGAAUUAUACAAACUUUAAUUGGUAAUAAUGGAUUUCUUCUCUGCGUUUAGAUCAUAUUCAUGUAAUUGAAAUUCACAGUAUUGUCAUCGUCAGGAAACUAGAGCCAGUAUGAUUUAAAGAAAACUUGCUUCGCCUGAAAAUUAGCGAACAGUUUUUCUUUGGUCUAAAACUGAUUCGUGGCUAAUAAGUUUCAUUGAAAGCAAUGGUUUAUGCCAUGGCUGAGACAAAAUCAGGUCCUUUUUCGCCGAAGAAGCCAGUGAAAGAGAAAAUUGUGGGAAUCUACGAUGACUUUUUUAAGGGAGGUGAGCCAUCUCGUGAUAAUCCAAAUUUCUGGCAUGAAUUUUUUCUUUUGAGGGUUAAUGCCAUCUACCUUGAAAAGUGUAUCGACAAACUUAGUGAAGAGGAACUUAUGGAUAUCAAGGAGAACAUCAACCUUCUGUUCGCCCAGUGCUGUAUUGCUUUACGAGGAGAUCACCAGAUAAAACUAGUCAAUGCUCUUCAGACACUGUGUGCACUUGUGCGAGCAGUUUACAGAAAGAGAUUAGGAGACCAUGGAUUUGACAUAAUAAACAUUUUGAUUGGAUUUGAUGCUGCUGAAGCUCAGAUGCAGGGACUACUGGAAAGUUUGCAUACGUUUCUCGUUGGUGAUUAUCCUGUGAGCUUAAAGAAUCUGUCUCUCAAAUUGGCUCUUAUCCUUGUAACAGCAACAGACAAUGUUAGUCAGAACACAAUUGUGGAGUAUAUUAUGAUCAACAGCAUCUUUGAAGCUGUUAUUCAGGUUCUUGCUGAUCCAGUGGCCAGACAGCAACAUGGAUAUGAAGCAAUGCUGCUGCUGACAAUUCUGGUGAAUUACAGGAAGUAUGAGGCAUCAAAUCCAUAUAUUGGGAAGUUAUCCAUUUUGGACGAUGAAUUAGCUCUUAAUGGUUUUGGAUGUGUUAUAUCAGCCGCACUUACCGAUUACAACAGGAAACAUGCAGCCAUGUUAGAGCAGGCCUCAGGAGGAUUAAUCAGCUCCAUUACCAGCUUUGUUGGAAGCAUGUUCGUUGCUGAGACAGAACGAGCGGAAUGUUUCAGCACGAACGAAGCAGUCCUUUUAGCUCUGUAUGAAGCGGUGCACCUCAACAGAAAUUUCUUCACUGUUCUUAGUCAUGUUACGACCGCUCCUGGAUCAAGUCCUCCUCCAUCACCGACAGCCGCUCCUCCUGUGGUUGAAAGGACUGCCACCGCCGCUGUCGUUGAAGACUUUCCACCCGACUUGAGUCAGCCCACGAAUUUACUCGUAACCCUCUUAACAUAUUCCUCCAUUGCUCUACAGAAUACAAAAGAUGACAAAGGAGUAAGCAAUGCCAAGCUGUGUCUGGUGAUUUUAACAUGUAUUGUGGAGGAUCAGUAUGCGAAUGUUUUUCUUCACGACGCGAACAUGACGUUCUCAGUACCACUUCACAGAGCGCAAAUGUACCACAGAGGCCCAGUUAUCGAAAAGAACGCUCCUUCAAGACCUCUCGCGUGUGCGUUACUUGACCUCAUGGUGGAAUUUAUUGUAACUCAUAUGAUGAAAACUUUACCAAUUGACUUGUACAGUAAAACAUUUGGAAUCUUGCAUCGUAUGCUGUGUUACCAGAAGAGAUGUCGAGUGAGACUCUCCUAUUCGUGGAAAAAUUUCUGGACGGCCCUUAUGAACUUUCUAAAGUUCCUUCUGUCCAAUGAAACGGUCCUCACCAAAACCUGUGAUAUCUUCUCCCUGGCAUCGCAAGUUGUUAACAUUUUUAAUUUGUUCAUCACGUAUGGAGAUACGUUUCUUCCUUCUCCGACAUCAUACGAUGAACUCUACUACGAAAUCAUUCGCGUUCAUCAAAUUUUUGACAAUCUUUAUUCUAUGGCGUUAAGACACUCAACAAAUGGUGGCGACUGGAAGGAUGCGGCUUCUCGUUUGGCGAGCUCUUUAGUGAAUGUCAGGGCAAUCAUAAACCAUUUUACGCCAAAAAUCGAUUCAUGGGCAGCUGUCAAUCACCUGACGUCAAUGACUUCGGAACAGGUAUUGGGCGUAAUACGUAGUAAUUAUGACACUUUGACGCUAAAACUCCAAGACAAUUUGGAUCAUUACGAAAAAUAUUCAGAGAAACCGAAAGAGGCGGCUUUCUUUACUCAACUGGUACGUUCAAUUGUUAUUGAAGUUCGCCGGACAAUUUCCGUCAGUAACCUCGAGCAGUUUAGUUUGCUACAAGAAUUUGCGACCAUACACUGAAAUGUGUUUGUUACUAGACCUGCUGCAGCAAAUGGACUGGACGAAGCAAUCUCCGUUUAUAUCGAGAAUUUGCGUCAAAGAGAUAUACAGACCUUAUUUAAUGCUCUUUGGCUUCGAAGUGGUUUUAUAAGAUGGUCUUUAGUGGAAAAUAAAACCGGGGUAUAGUAAAUGGGCGAAACAAAGAACCAUGAUAUAGCUGGAAUGUUUCAUCGUCAUUGAUCAGCGAGUGUACUCCAUCAAUCCUCGUAAACACAUGGCGAUCAUUCCAGGUUUUGAACGAAUGUUUAGACGAGAAAUAUAACGUGCAAUAAAGGAUGGUAUUUUUUUUCAAGGGAAUCUUCACUACAAUAAAAAGAAUUGAUUCCAUGACUUUCAGUAAAUCGUGUUGCAUUUUUAAGAGCGAACAUGAGGUUUAUCAAGCAAUGUUCAGUGCAGAAAUGGUUUGUGAGGGGUCGGUCUUUUUUUAUCGCCUGGAGGUGUCACGAUAAAUUUUACCUGACUCCACUAUAAGGCUCAGUAAUAUUCUUAUGAUCAAUUUUUAUCCUCUGUUGGCGACGACUGAUCCCACUCCGUUGGCCUGAAAACCAUGUGAUCUACCCUAAAAUCUUCGCGCCACCCCAACCCCCUGGCGAUCAAAAAGAGUGACUGUUCCCUAAAUAGUGUUGCAGCGAAAUUGUACAUUUACAAUGAUACAGCGGUGAAAAAUAUAUUCACUAUGGGAUUUCAGAUUUCAAAUGGUCUCAAGGUUUUAUUGCUGAUAUUUCAUUUUGAGAAAGAUAAGCAGACGAGCUGACAAACAACCGUUAUAGCAAGUGAACUUUUGAAAAUUUCAUGGUAUUAGUUUAUAAAAUGAUAACGAAGAAAAGAUUUCAAAAUUAAAACAUUGUUUGAGUAGAGAAAUUAAAUGGUGGUCCUAUUGUAGUA